UUUUAUUCUUUUUAUUUUUAAGUGUUAAAAAAAAAAACAUUGAGGUCAAAAUUACAACCAGUGGAAUAUACAAAGAGAUGUAUGGUUUCCUUGUUUAUGUUCUAUCCUUUUCGUACUAUUUUUGUUUGUACUUUUGAUAAAUGUGAAAGCUUGAUGGUUCCAUUGUUGUUGGUAACCACAACAUGUUUUCCACUUACUAUUUUUCUUUAACUGACAUAAAUUCAUAAAUGAAUUAUAUCAUCUAAUAUGUAUGGCUUUCACAUGUUUCCCAUUCUACACGUGCAAUAACUAAUCAUCAAGGUUUUGUUGGGAAUACCUGAGCAUACUUUUUCCUUCCAUUUUCUUCUAUUUACAAUUGUUGAUUGGUUCUCUUGUUGCAAUAUAAUCUAUAGCAUAUUUCUCAUGCCUCGAUUGCCUGACAUUCUCCAUGAUCAAGGGUUGAUUGGCUCUGAAAGACGUCUCAUCUAGACAUUCUUGUGAAUUACUUUCAUUUUUCAUCUAUUUGGACUUGAAAUGACACUAUAGCCAAGCAGUGAGUGUACUGUUGGUCAUUUUUCGAAAGAGACACGAAACAUUUUGUCAGGUUUGCAGCCCUGCACUAGCAUUAUCCAUAUAUAUUUACAAUUUCUUGCGAAGCACAUUUGCAGACAGAAUCUAUGCGGUUCAUUAGCAUUCAUUUCAUGAACUAUGGAUUCUAUGCGUUCCUACUUGAUUAUGGGCAGUACAUGUUUCAAGUAUAGAUCAAAGCAGAAGCUUGUUGUGUUAAGUUGCAUAGAUGCAUUAUGAAAUGCAGAGAGGUAUAGGGUGGUAAAUAGCAGAGGUUGUUUCACCUUCCUUGGGCUACGAAGUUGAUUGGUAGGCUUGGGAUAUGUAGGUAGUAAGGCAUGAGAAUAGUUGCUUCUAUGUAGUUGUUAUCUACAGCUUGUUUGUUGCACAUUCCUUUCUUAAUUAGACUGAUAUUUUGACCAUGUCAAUUUUUUGAAUCGUUGAUGCGCAUUCACUACUGAGGGCUCAAAAAUACCUUUCGGAUAGGGUGCAAGGAGCAUCAUGGAGUGGCUGGUCUAAUCUUCUGGUUAUGAACCUAUUAAAGUUGUUAUGGAUCUUGAUCUUUCUUUUUUUUUGUUUUGGUAGAAAUAGUUGUUACGGAUCCUGAUCAUAUCAAGUCUUCAUUUAUUAGGUACAAAUGACAAAACAGCUCUAAAAUGACAAACUUGUCCCAUGCCUCAACAUUAAAUGGUCAACAUAUGUCAUAGUGGUUUUUGGCUAAAGCUUAUGAAGAAAUAGUUGCUUUUUGCAAAUGGUUUUUUAGUCAUUCUUUGAAACUAACAAGAUCCAUAAAUUGGGGAUGCAAAUAAGAUAUAUAUGGUAUCAAACCAUGUUUAACUAGUCUUCAUAUGCUUUGUUUUUAGAAUUGGAAGGAUUCACGAGGCAAUCCCUCCUCAUCAGAUUCAAUGAGUGGGGUUUGGUUUUGAAUUUUGACAAUGCAGGGGGCAACAACCUCUCAUAAAGUCUUACUUUCCCUUGCUUUGAAAUGUUGAGGUAAAUUUUGGAUUGCUUUGAAAUGUUGAGGUAAAUUUUGGAGAGUAAGUUCUUUUUCAAGGACAUAGUAUCAGUGAUUAUUCUAAGAACUGCACAAACUAUUUUAAAUAUUUUGUUAGAAUAUUGCUUAAAAUAUUGAGUUAUUUUCGGGCACAAUCAUCCUAAAUUUCACCGCAAACCAUUUUGCAUCAAUAAAAUUACAUUGUAAAAAUCUCAAGAUUCCUAAUGGAUGUUGUUAUUUUGUUAGAAUACUUCUUAAAAUAUUGAAUUAUUUUCAGGCAAAACCAUCCUAAAUGUCACUGCAAACCAUUUCACAUCAAUAAUAUUCCAAAGUAAAAAUCUCAAGAUUCCUACUUGUAAUCUGUAAUUAAAUUUUCUAUGUUUGUAAGUUCAUCAAAACUUUUAAUAAUUCACCUUCCAUGUUAUGCAAACCAUGAUAUUCUUGCAUUAUUGAUUUUAGGGAAAUUGAUCAAAAUAAACAUAAGAUAUCAACUAUUCAGCAUUUAACCGAUUGCUUUUUAUUAAGUUUAAAAUGCCCAUCAAAACACACUUAUCCUUGAGUUUGAAUAGUUGAAAAGGGUAAUUUUGAAAAGUUAUGUGUAUUUUGAUAAAUUUUCCUUGAUUUAUUCAUCCCACUUUUCCAAUGGUUUCGCAACAUUUUACAGCUGUUUUGGUCACUUCAUUUUUUUUUCCAACCAGGAUUGGUAGGAUAGUUUAAGAGAGGUCAGUAUUGGUUUGUCUAACUCCAUAAUGGAAACAAAUGCCCUUUCAGAACUUAUAAAACCCGAGAUGGUGGUCUGAAGAAAUCUUAAAGAAGUGAUUUUAAUCUCAGGAGCCAUGGGAGCACAGAUACCCUCAAUGAAAUUAAGAUGACGAUAAUGUUGGUGGUUCAACUUUUGCAAGAUGACUGCUAAAUUCUUUUUACAUUGUGGCCAAACAGCCUAGGAUGGCCUGAUUCUCUUUCUUGACUUGUGUCAGCUGCAACUAGCUACAAAGGGCAUAUCAAGGAAUUGUCAAAUUUGUAGGGUAUUUUGGAUAUUUGUGAUAUAAUCCUGGUUUUAAAUAGAAGUACCUUCAUGGGCCUCCACAGAUGGUUGGUACAUGGUAGUUUGCAUACCAGCUAGAACCCUUUUUUGCUAAGACUUUAUUCCUCCCAGCAGAAAUUACAAUCGUGCCCCUCCAUCUUUGAGAACCUUCCAUUAUGCCCUGAAAUAAUUUAUUAUCAGAAACACCUCAUUAUGCAUGUAUGCAUACAGAAAUCAGCCAUGAUGCGCUUUCAUGUUUCUUAUUUUCUUGAACUGCUUGGAGCUAAUCUAUUGAAACAGCAGUUUUCUCCAGAAGCAACCAAGAUACAUGCAUGUUUAUGAGGGUCAUUUUGGUCAUUUCACUAUAUUUUUGAGGGCCCCAUCUUGCUCCACUCCUAAUUGGGAAAAUGACUGAAUUCUCAACUCCUACAAAAAUUCAGAGGACCCAAUGUUUUUUGGUCAUUGGGUUGGAGGGAGCCUAUGUUUGCAUAUGGAGGCAUGCUCUUGAUGGAUCAGCAUCAUCCCUCUACCAUAUGUUGUAUGUGCGGUGAUGUUGGUUUCCAUGACCAACUCUUCCUCUGCACCAGGUGUCUUGCUCGAUAUCAGCAUUCGUAUUGUAGUAACUAUUAUGGUGAACCAGAGGCAUCAGGAGUUUGCGACUGGUGCCUAAGUGAAGAGAGAGGCAGAGAUUACAAGUUGCAUUGCCGGAAAAUGGCCAGGAAAGAAGCCAGAAUAUCUGUUUCUGGCCAUGAGGUGAAGCAAGAGGAUGAGUAUGCACAUGAUAAGAAGAAGAAUGGGGGGGCAAUGUCUUCUACAAGGUCCAACAAUCGUCGAUACAAGCUUCUCAAGGAUGUCCUUUGUUGAUCUUGACAAGAUUAUCCAUGUA